CGGUCGUGGAUGUGGACAGAGGGUCCGAGGCGCAGGAUCUCUGAGGAUUACAGCCACCGCUGAGAGGAGCCUCACUGCGCCUGCUGGAGCCUCCAAUUCACUGUGGAUAAUACUGACACGACAGGAAUAUAAAGAGGGGAUUACUUCAAGGGCAGAUCCUCCAUAAUCAUGGACGGGUUGAAGGCGUAUCUCGUCUGUUGGGGUGCUUUGGUGCUUCUUGUUGCAGUCACCUGUGGACUGUCGCCGCCAACCAUCGUGUCCAAUGAGGAGGAGUUCAUCCUGCACCCUAACUCUGUGUUCAACAUCAGCUGCACAGGCAAAAGAAACGUUGUCUGGGCCGAACCCCUGCCAGAAAACACUUUUGUUUAUCCAGGAUACUACACUGCCACACUCUUCAUUUACAACGCCACAGUAGUAAACACGGGCUACUACAUGUGUGUGUAUGAAAGCCACGAGGGUGAAGUGGAGAGUGAGCCAGACGAAGACAAUGAGGCAGGAAUAUAUGUCUUUGUGCCAGAUCCCCUGGCCCCAUUUGUUCCCGAGACCCCAGAAAACGUGGAAGUCCCCAUGGACCCGACAGGAGUCCCCAUCUCCUGCCGCGUGUCCGACCCGUCCACAGACGUCAUCCUCAGGAGCGUCCCCAGCGGAGAGGAGAUGCUCGCCUACUACGACAACAAGAUGGGCUUCUUCGGGAACCUCUCUCCUGGACAGUACCAGUGUGAAACCACGGUGAAUGGCCAGACAGCCAGAAGUGCAGUUUACACUGUGACAGUUGAUGCCCCUGCAGACAUGGAGGAUUUCACAGUGGAAGUCAAAGCCAGCGAGGAGAGUGUGAGGGCCGGGCAGCCUUUCAACAUCACCUGCAUGGCUCCCGCUGGGCCGGGCUUUCAGCAGCAGUGGCUCCAUCCCAAAAAACAGGCUGUCGGCGCACUUCAAAUGAAGCAGACGUCACCUGACCAGGUCAUCUACAUCCUAAGUAUCCCACAAGCCACUGCUCAGGACAGCGGCACCUACGAGUGCUCCGUCACUCACGAAAACAGCGGGGAGGUCAGGGUGAGCAGCGUGGCCGUCACUGUCUUCGAGGACAAUUCUUUCGUGGCUCUGGACCACAGCGGUAUUCUGGUGACGGAGUUCGUCAGCCUCUUGGAGGAGACAGAGUAUACUAUUCUCAUCAAUGCCUACCCUGCCCCCAAAGUGAUUUGGCUGAAAGACGGCAAAGACUUACCAGUGAACUACUAUGUCCUCACCAAAACAAGCCACAUCGAAGGGAAUCGGUAUCAAAGCAUUCUGAUAUUACGACAGCCUAUGGAGAAAGACAACGGCAACUAUACCAUCACAGUGCUGAGUGGCUCUCGCACUGCAAAGUUCUCCUUUAACCUCAAAGUGAAAGCUCCCACUGCGAUGAUGUUCCCUCCAUCCUCCGCCCCUGUGCUGCUGCCACAGAUGGAUGAGAUGGUGGUGCCCCUCCACACUCCUUUCACCUUGACCUGCCGCGGAGAGGCCAAACUGGCCUGGGAGACGCCACUCGAUGUGCUGGAGCUGUCGCAGGAGGACAACAGCGGCCUGUUUGUCUCCACCAUCACUGUGGAUGGUGCCACUGCCGUGCACACUGGCUACUAUACGUGUUUCUACAGCAGGAACACCACUGAGGAAAUGGACGACAGCAGCAUCUAUAUCUAUGUCCCAGACCCAGACGUUCCCUUUGUGCCAUCACCGGUGCCCUUUGGUAACCACGUCCUGUCCGACCACGAGGAGAUGGAGAUCCAGUGCCGAGUGUCUGAUCCCACUGCUAACGUGACCCUGGUUAAUGUUGACACCCAGCAGCCUGUGUCUAGUGUUUAUGACAGCAAGAGGGGCGCUUUGGGGGUAUUCACUGCUGGAACCUACGUUUGUAAGGCCCUCAUAAACGGAGAGGAACACUCCAGCGGGGAAUACAUCGUCCACGGCUGGACAGGUGGUCCCGAGCUUCAUGUGGAGCUGACAGCCAAGCGGACUGCUCUGCUGGUGGGAGAAACCCUCGCAGUCACCUGUCUGGCCCGGGGAUCUGAGAUUCUGGAAGACCACUGGAAAUACCCUGGCAAACUGAAUAAUCGUGCUUCAAAAACCGUGCAUGAAAACAAGAGGGAUCAGGAGAUCCUUUACACCCUGACGAUCCUGCAGGCUACCACCAAAGACAGCGGCAUCUAUUCCUGCUCCAUCACUGAUAUUAUAAGUAAUGAGAGCCAGACAAAGCAACUCGCUAUAAGAGUUUUUGGAAGUGAGUUUAUGUCCAUCAGGCCACAGUUUAGAGAUUAUGAGUCAGCAGAGUUGGAUGAGGUCCGGGAGUUCAGGGCCGACAUCGAGUCCUUCCCCACUGCUCAGGUCACGUGGCUCAAAGACGGAGUCCCGCUCAGCGACGUGACGGCGGAGAUCUCCACCAGCCUGCGGCAGCUCAGCGAGACCAGCUACAUGAGCGUUCUCACCCUGAUCCGCGCCAAAGAGGAGGACAGCGGGAACUACACCAUACGAGUGGAGAACGGAAACCAAAGUCGGGACGCUAGCUUGAUCCUGGAGGUCAAAGUGCCUGCAGUCAUUGUGGAGAUGAUGGACAUCCACCACGGCUCAGCCACAGGCCAGUCUGUGGUGUGUAUUACUCGAGGGCAGCCCACUCCUGUGGUAGAGUGGUUCAUCUGCAAGAACAUCAAACAUUGUGCCAAUGACUCGUCCUCCUGGGUGCCGCUCCCCACCAACUCCACCAAGAUCACGGUGGAGUCCCACAUGGACGUGGACAACAACCUGGAGAGCCAGGUCAUGUUUGGUCACCUGGAUAACACGCUGGCAGUGCGCUGCCUGGCCAAGAACGAAAUGGCUGCCGUCAGCAGGGAGGUCAAGCUGGUGUCCAACGGCCCUCACCCUGAGCUGACUGUAGGUGCUGCUGUGCUGGUGCUCCUGGUCAUUGUCAUCAUCUCACUCAUUGUCUUGGUCAUUAUUUGGAAACAGAAACCUCGAUAUGAGAUCCGCUGGAGGGUCAUAGAGUCUGUGAGCCCAGAUGGCCACGAGUACAUCUACGUGGAUCCCAUGCAGCUUCCCUACGACUCCAGAUGGGAGUUCCCCCGCGACAGACUCGUGCUCGGUCGUAUCCUGGGUUCUGGAGCCUUUGGGAAGGUAGUGGAGGGCACCGCCUACGGACUCAGCCGCUCCCAACCCGUCAUGAAGGUGGCAGUGAAGAUGCUGAAACCCACUGCACGCUCCAGUGAGAAACAAGCCCUGAUGUCUGAACUGAAGAUUAUGACUCAUCUCGGUCCUCAUCUCAACAUUGUUAACCUCCUGGGAGCAUGCACCAAGUCAGGCCCCAUCAACAUCAUCACAGAGUACUGCUUCUACGGGGACCUGGUCAACUACCUGCACAAGAACCGAGAGAGCUUCAUCGCCCUGAACCCAGAGAAAAGUAAAAAAGAGCUGGACAUCUUCGGGAUCGGGCCUGCAGACGAGAGCAGCAGGAGCUAUGUGAUCCUGUCCUUUGAGAGCAAAGUAGACUACAUGGACAUGAAGCAAGGGGACAACACUCAGUACGUGCCCAUGCUGGAGAUGGCCAAUGCCCCCAAAUACUCAGACAUCCAGUCAUCCAACUACGACCACCCACCCUCACAGAAAGACUCGAGUGAGGGUGACAUGGACAACCUGUUGUCGGAAGACAUGAACGAGGGCCUCACCACCACCGACCUGCUCAGCUUCACCUUCCAGGUGGCCAAAGGCAUGGAGUUCCUGGCCUCCAAAAACUGUGUGCAUCGCGACCUCGCAGCCAGGAAUGUCCUCCUCUCUCAGGGCAAGAUCGUGAAGAUCUGUGACUUCGGACUGGCCAGAGACAUCAUGCAUGACAACAACUAUGUCUCCAAAGGCAGCACUUUUCUGCCUGUGAAGUGGAUGGCACCAGAGAGUAUCUUUGACAACCUCUACACGUCCCUCAGCGAUGUUUGGUCCUAUGGCAUCCUCCUCUGGGAGAUAUUCUCCUUAGGUGGCACUCCUUACCCGGGGAUGGUCGUGGAUUCCAGCUUCUACAACAAGAUCAAGAGUGGAUACAGGAUGUCCAAGCCUGAACCUGCGCCUGAUGACGUGUAUGAAAUGAUGAUGAAGUGCUGGAACAGCGAGCCAGAGAAGAGGCCUACUUUCCUGGGUCUGAGUGACACUGUAGCAUCUUUGCUGCCCUCCAGCUACAAGCGGCAUUAUGAGAGGGUAAACCAGGAGUUCCUGAAGAGUGACCACCCCGCCGUGACGCGGGUGUGCGUGGAGAACGACGACGCCUACAUCGGCAUCACCUACAAGAACCAGGGCAAGCUGAAGGACCGGGAAAGUGGCUUCGACGAGCAGCGGCUGAGCUCCGACAGCGGCUACAUUAUUCCUCUCCCCGACCUGGACCCUAUGUCUGAUGACGAAUACGGAAAGAGGAACAGACACAGCUCUCAGACAUCCGAGGAGAGCGCCAUUGAGACCGGCUCCAGCACUUCCACUUUUGCUAAGCGGGAGGGCGAGACCCUGGAGGACAUCACGAUGCUGGACGAGAUGUGUCUGGACUGUAGUGACCUGGUAGAGGACAGCUUUCUGUGACAACUGACCCGUCUGCCAAGCAGGGAGCAGCAAGUGGAAAGGGUGUCCGGACCUAAGGUACAAGAGAAAGACUUGUACAUCAGCCAAAGACUCUGCCAUCUACCGUCGGGCCCCCACCACUCCUCCUCCUUGAACAAAACCAAAUCACUCUCUGGAUGCGUCUGUGGGGAUCGUAUUGUACGAUCUUUACUUCUCCCUGGACAUUGCCCCCUGUUGGGCUGGAGGAGUGAGAGAAUAUUGAGGAAAUCGUGACAUCAAGGACUCUAAAGCACCACAGCCACUGAGGCUGUGAGUUGGACAUAUUGAGAUGGAGCAAAUAAAAGAGAUUGUCUUUUUCA